AUGACCGUCAGGACCCAGACCAAGGGUGACGAGCUCUACAGCAUCUCCAAGUCUGUGCCUGUAACACCGCCUGCUCCGAAUGCGUGGAUGAAGCAUUCGGCGGUCUUGUCAGGAUCGGGGACCGUCCUCACAGCUCGGGGCCGGCACGCGGUUUCCCCCAGCACCAAGCAGGAAGAGGCGCGCUCUUUCCAAGAAGACUUGCGGAGGCUCGAGGAGCGGCUGGCCACCGCGGAGCGAGAGAGGGACUGGGCCAUGUCUGCCCUGAGGCAGAGCGAGUACGAGCUGCAGCAGGUGAUUGCCAAGCACCCGCAUGAGGCAACCGGCUCAAACGUGAGCGACGUCCGCUUGAAUCACUACAGAGUACUUCUGGAACUUCUGAACCUGCGCUGUAGGCUACUGGAGCAAUGGCUGGAAGAAGAGGCAGUGAUCGCCGCUUCACAAGAAGACCGGCACUCCGAAAUCUUGCAGCAGAUGGAACAGCAGGUGAGAGAGUUGGCAGCGGAGGUUGUUGAGCAGCAGAUAUGCUACAAGGAGCAGAUCGACGCCAUGCAAAAGCAGCACUGUGAGGACUACACGGUGUGGUCGGAAGAGCUGCUCCGCGAACGAAACGAGGCCUGCAAGGAAAUCGCUGCUUUGCAGGAGGACCUCAGAAGCCAGGAGCAGCUCUGGCACGAGGAGUGGCGAAGGAUGCAGCAGUCUGCUCUAGCGCAGGGUGUCCAGCUGCCGAAUCCUCCAGGUUUUCUGGAGACGAAGGAAAACGGGGGCACCCUGGAGAGCAGCUCAGGCAGCGAGAGUUGGUGCUUGGAAGGCCGCUCCACGCUGGAAACCAUUCUCGAGGCAGCGGCUGAGGAAGUUGACGGCAUCGAGGAGGAGCAGGGGCAAGACGAGCCAAAGAAGCAGUCUUCCGGCAGCUAUCGGCUCGGCUUUCGUCCUUUCUCUGGUGCCAUGGACCUAGCCGGGAAGAACGUGCUCAUUACUGGUGCCAGUGCUGGCAUUGGAGAGGAGCUGGCGCUGCUGUUUGCCAGCCAGGGGGCGAACCUGGCGCUGCUAGCGCGCCGGCUCGAGGUUCUCCAGGAAGUAGCAGCAAAGUGUCGUGCGGCGUCGCCCGGACAGGCCGCCAAAGUGAUCCCUCUAAAGUGCGACGUGACGGACAGAGCUUCCUGCCAUGAGGCUGUGCAACAGGCCACGAACGAACUUCGCGAAGUAGACAUUAUCAUACUGAACGCAGGGGUCAGCAUGGGAUGCUAUUUCGAAGACAUCAAAGACAUGUCAGAUGCAGACAGGCUGAUGGACUUGAACUUCAUGGGAACCGCAAAUGUCCUUUUCUACGCGUUACCCUCGAUCCCAAAGUGCAAGGACUCCAGAAUCGUAGUGAUUUCUUCCGUUGCUGGGCUCUUCGGCAUCCCCUUUCGGACCUUCUACUGUGCCUCGAAGUGGGCUCUGCAUGGGUUCUGCGCGUCCUUGCGUACCGAGCUCCUGGAUGCAUAUGGAGCCAACUCGCCAGCCGUCGUUUUGUCCUGUCCGGGUGAGGUUUCCACCUCUUUGAACACUAGCCGACUGAAAUUUGGAAACGAAGUAGCUGCCGAGUUCUUCGAUAGCGUGGCGGAGCCCUCAAGCCAAGCGGCCAAGACGAUUCUCGACGCGACGAUUGCCGGCGCGAGGGUUGGCUUCUUCGCGAAGAUACACUCUUGGCUCUCCAGCUGCUACGGAUGGAUUCCUGCAACCAUUGACGGUAUCAUGAUCAAGUCUGUAAGAAGUAGAACACGAGCCCCACGUUAUGGAAACUGGUAA